AUGGUGCAGGCUUUGUCUCUCGUCGCCCUUGCGGCUACAGCCGCAUCUGUCUCGGCCGGCGUUGUGAAGAUUCCGUUGAAACCCCGAGCUUCGGGAGCCAAUGUGCCCGUUACGGACUGGUUUAAUCGUACAGAUAACCAGUGGUACAGCACAAUCUCGGUCGGCACCCCGCCCCAGGAACUAACCGUCCUCUGGGACACUGGUUCCGGCGACUUACUCCUACCAAGAAGUACUUGCACGACAUGUGGGGACAAGAAAUUGUUCGACUCGUCCAAGUCUAAGUCAUUCUCAAACAAGCCUGGCACGCGCCGACAAGCCUUGUUCUCCACAGGCGCGGACUCCAUACCCUUCACGGUGCCAGAGGGUGCCAGUGGAUUGGUUGUGCAUGACAAGGUCGCACUGGGUGACCUCAGCGUUGCAAGUCAGCAAUUCCUUCUUUGCGACAAGUACGCAGCUGCCCUUGAUGUCAUGCCUAUCGACGGUAUAAUGGGCAUGGGCCCUCCCAGCAGCGGUUCUGAAAAGGCUUGGUAUUGGAAUCUGUACGCGGAUGGACAGCUGGACGCACCCGUCUUCUCCUUCUACACGCCACCCGGCGACAUCAACGGUGGAGAGCUGACACUGGGUGGCAUUGACGACACGAAAUUUGUCGGAAAGCUCAACUACACCGCCUUCUCCGGGGGUGGCUUCACGCUGGCCCAAUCGUCGAUCCUGAUUAACGGCAAGGCCUUCACGGGCACUUCCGCCAAGGGUUCAGCUAUCCUCGACACCGGUACUGCAUUCAUGCAGACCCCGAGCUAUGCCGUUGCCAAGGCACUGUAUGCCCAGAUAUCGUCCAAGAUCACCCAGAUCGAUUCGGCUGGAGCAUGGGGUGCUGAAUGCGAUGUCCUUGACCAAGUUGCACCAGACCUGACUUUUGUCCUUGGACCAUCGGGCUCUGCUUUGAAGUUGACAAUUCCGAAAUCGUCAUUCAACCUGGGAGAGUACCCUGGGCAGCCUGGUAUCUGCCAAGCGUUGUUCAACAAUCCUCUCUCCAACUUCGGUGCGUGGUUGGUGGGAUCUCCGCUGCUGAAACAGUACUACACUGCUUGGGAUGGAGUCAAUAAGCGUAUUGGUUGGGGACAGCUCAAGGCAGAUGGGUCAGCUUUGAUCGAGAUGGCAUAG